GUGUCACCCAUGUUUUUGAUGUUGCCUCGUGCUCCUCGUACCUCCUCGUGUCUCCUCGUGUCAUCCUGGUUUGUGUUUUUCAGUUUUAUUUGUUACUUUGUAUUUUUGCUAGCUUUUAUAAAAUAAAGCUCUCUUUUUGUUAUAACCACGUCCAGUGUACUGCAUUUGAGUCCCCACCGUGACAGUACAAACUGACCAGUAACAUGGACUCAGCAGACAUCAUGAACGAUGAGCUUCAUAAUUUAACAUACACGUUAAUUAUAAUUUUUGGUGAGUGGACGCGAAACCCCUGUUGGAGGAUGCGACAGGCUGUGCCUAGAUUGGCGAGAAAAGAGGUGGCUAAGAAGCCAGAGAUGAAGAGCCUUUUACCUGAGUGGCUUCAGGAUUUUGUGUACACUCCACUUUGCCAGCCUAACCUUGCCGAUCCUUCCGCUCCACUUCCCUCUGCCGAGCUGCGGCAACCCCCCUCUCCAUUCGCGCAACCUCUUCCUCCUGUCGGGCCACACCAGACCCCAGUCCCUGAGACAUUUCUGGGCACUCGCCUGGCCCUGGGAGGUCCUCGGAGUCUCCAGGGGACUUCCAGGUCUUGGCGCAAGAGACCCAGACCACGGCAGACUCCUGUUUCCGCUGCCAGGCCACAACAGCAUCAAGUUCCCGCUGCAGGGCUACGACAGCACCCUGUUUCCACUGCCGGGCCGCAACAGCCCCCUGUUCCACAUGGGCCGCGACAGUCCCCUGUUUCCGCUGACGGGCCACGACAGCCUCCAGUUCCCAUUGCUGGAUCUCUGCAGACAUCUGCUCCAGCUGCUGCCGGACCUCUGUUCCCCAGGGGCAGCUGGGAAACAGCUGGGGCCUCUAGGCCCCAGCUGUACCCAAGCUGCCCCUCAAGACCCCAGCCCCUGUGCUCCCUCGCCGGUGUCAUACUGGUUUGUGUUUUUCAGUUUUAUUUGUUACUUUGUAUUUUUGCUAGCUUUUAUAAAAUAAAGCUCUCUUUUUGUUAUAACCUCGUCCAGUGUACUGCAUUUGGGUCCUCAUCUUUCCCCCACCAUGACAUUUUUAGAAACUUCCUGCGAGUCUCGUGUGCUCUUCAGAUUCCUGGAGAAACAUCACAUCAAGAGAAAUUAGCAGGAAAUAUUUUUCAGUGAUGUUGCGUCCUAUGUUGUCUUCUGAAGAUGUCUUCUGGCUUUUUUUGAUGUCCCAAAUCAAUGAAGCCACUUUAUUGUAAAUCGGGUUCAACCCAUGAUGCAAAUACCUGCUGAAACAAAAAGAUUCAGCCAAUGGAAAAUGCUGAAGAAAAAUAAAUCACAUGUAAGGAAAAGUAUGUCAAGGUAGUAAUAACAGAAAAACUACUUUGGAUUUACAUUUGGGGUUUUUCGAAUAAAUAUGUUGAAGUAUGUUUA